CUACAUUCUCUACGAGCAACUCAAAAGAACUCGUUCUUUCCAUCUCCUUAAAGAAAAAUUAACAAAAUUUCACCCGAAUCACUUAAAACCCUUAAACAAUCACUCAAUCUUGCUCUGUCCACUUGGGUUCAAAAACCCUAGGUCUUCACCAAUGUCCUCGUGUGAUGCUUAUCUCCAAUUCAUAUGUCUUUAUAUAUUUGUGUCUUCUCAUCCACCAUCAUGGUCUACCCAAGACAAGAUACAGUUAGGGUUUUUCGUUUUUGGUAUUAUUUUGAACCUUUGCAAUCAAUUCAUUAUCCGUCCAAAGAAAUACGAGGCGGUGGAUGAAAAAUAUGAUUUAGAGGCUGAAAUGUUCAAGAUUUUGGGUAAUGAUACCACUGGAUGGAGUAAGAAAUUAGUAGAGAAGAAAAAGCAUAAGAUUGCUGCUUUGAGAAAGAAGAUUGGUACGCUUCAAAUUUGGUAUUGGGUUACUCAUUAUUUAUCUCUUUUGUCAUCUUUUGGUGCUUGUCUCAUUACUUUACAAAUAGCAAGGACUAGAUUACAUCAGUAGAAAGGAUGUUGCUCUUUCUUCCCUAGGUUUUAAUGAAGAAAUGAACCCUUUGUAUAUAUAGAUUAGGUUGAUCAUAUUGAGACUCCUUCAUUGUAACUAUACUAGAGGUAUUAUCUUGGUUCUGAAUAUGUAAUGAAAAAGCUCUCUUAAUCCUGUAGUUUCUCUUA